GCGGCAGACCAGUAGGCAGUCGGUCUCUGUUCGCGAGCUAUGGAUAACCUUCCACGCCGCGGGCACAACGAACAAAGAUGGAUGUUCUGGAAGAGAAGACGUCACCUAGUGGCGUUUCUCGCUUUCCUGGGGUUCUUCACCGUAAACUUAUUGAGGUCGAACUUCUUCAACGCCGUUAACCCCAUGAGAACUCUAUACAAUGUCACCCUGGACAACGGAACAGUUGUGGAGAAACAAGACGUCACCUGGAACUUCUGGGAAAUAUUCACCAUCUUGCGCGCCUUCAUCUUCGGAAAUGCCGUCACUCAGAUUCUAGGAGGGUGGCUAGGUGCCUGUCUGGGGGGCACUCAAGUGUUCGGUGUGGCGGUAGCCUUAUCGGCACUCUUUUCUCUUGUUACGCCUUUUCUGGUCAACAUGGACGUGGUCAACAUACUGAUAGCCAUCAGAUUCAUUGGAGGUCUCUUUGAGGGUGUCACUUACCCGAGUAUUAUCGCCGUCUGGUCUCGAUGGGCGCCUCCCCAGGAGCGGGCUCGCCUGGUUACCAUCGCCUUCUCGGGCAGCUAUUUUAGUAUCGUAGUCACCCCUCCAGUGUACCGCUUCAUCGCCAAUACCCUAGGCUGGUCGUACAUCUUCUACAUCUCAGGUAUAAUCGGAUUGAUAUGGUUUGUUGUUUGGUGGACUGUGGUGAAGGACAAACCGGAAGACGACCCUCACAUCUCCACAGAGGAACUAAAGUACCUGAGAGAUAAUCUUGACAGUGGACCUAAUGACUAUAUUCCUAAACAUAUUAUAUAUCCUUGGGACCAGUUCAUCACAUCGAUGCCUGUAUGGGCCAUAGUUGUGGCUCACACCUGCAUGAGCUGGGGCUUCACUCUGCAAACUGAGUUGCCAGUCUUCAUGACAGAUAUAUACAACUACAGGAUAGAUGAAACCUGGCUCAUGUUCCUGCCGUAUCUGUUGGUGGCUGUCCUUAUGCCUGCCGGUGGAGUAUUGGCUGACUGGUUGAGGAACUCAGAAGUGCUCACUACCACACAAGUGCGGAAAGUUUUCAUCUGUGUUACCUUCAUAAGUCAGGCAAUAUUGGUUUUGCUUGCAGGACACUUAAACUCCUUUAACGGUUCGUUAUUGUGUCUGGUACUGGCCAUAGGACUGUCAGCGUUUGCCUGGGCUGCCUUCAGUGUAAAUCACCUGGACAUAGCGCCUCAGCAUGCCAGUGUUCUAAUGGGACUUUCCAACACAUUUGCAUGUGUUUCAAGUUUUCUGGGUACCCAUCUUACUGGCUACAUCAUCGGAGAAAGGAAUCUAGAGCAGUGGCAGUACGCGUUCUACGUAAUCAUCGCUGUCUAUCUCGUGGGGGCACUCUUGUACUGGGCAUUCGCUUCAGGAGAGAGACAGCGCUGGGCUCCCCCUGCACCUACCCCAGAAUCAGAGAGCCUGUCACUCCCACAAAGAAGCCAUGUUAUCUGAUUCUGUAUGAUGAGUUGUAAUUAAACUCUUGGUUAUGUUUGUUACUGAACUCUAAUUCUAAUUUCAUACAAAAAAAACGAUGUACAAAACAAUAGCUACAGUGCACAACUACUGUUUUGAAACCUAAUUGGAUGUUUUAGAGUCUAAAAACAAAUAAGAUACUACAUAAAAAUUGGCUAAAAUGUUUAGUUUUUCUUAAAUACACACAUAAGCUACACUGAUUUUAUCUCACUUUGUCAUAAUAUGGGGUGCACAACUAAUUGUCUUAGUUAGACUUAACUAAUAAAAAUAUAAAAUAUUACCAAAAUAUUCUAAAUGGUUUUUAUUUUUCAAUAUAAAUGUCAAAGUUCAUGAAUAAGAACUUAACAAUACAAAUAAAAAUAAAUCAACUUCAAAAAACUGUUAUAAGCUAAAGAAACUAAAGAUUUAAAACUAGUUUUAAUUUGAGAAAACAACACAGUAUGUAAGGUGACACCAAAUACAACAAACAUGUAUUACAUAAUUAUAUAAACGUUAUACAUUCUAUACAUAUUUUCUCUUUUUGCAAUCCUACUAAUAAGCAUAAAAAGGAAAGAUACACAGGGUUUAGUACUUAAUAAAUUGAAUAGUUGAAUAUCAAUAGGUACACUGUAUUAGCCAUUAUGUAGUGAAUGUACAAUUGCAUUUAUUAUUAUAACCUACUAUGUGUUAAUGUAUAUAAUAGAUUUUACCCUAAAUGAAAGUUUGAAUCAUAAAUACAGGUAUUUAAUUUGCCUUGUCGGUGAAGUAAUUCAAUGACAGCAAUUAAUUCAUAAGACCAUAUUUUAAGAAAACUACAUUCUUUUAAGCUUGUACUACAUAACCACAUUCUACCUCAUAAAUGAAUCUGAUUUCUGUAGAAUUACUUCAUUAUUUUUUAGUCUACUUAAAAUUGUCACUCCCUUCAAAAAUUGUGUUACUGGUUUUCAAUAAAUUUUGUUUUUCAAAUUAA